GCAAGCUGCUUGGAAUUAAGUAAGGCGGUGCCUGAUCGACAUUACCCUAACCCGGUUUCUACUGCAUCUGGUGCGAUGACUUCUACUACAACUCCCCGUCAACGACACGUCCGAUAACCCGCCGAACGAGGGCCCCAACACCAGAAGCGCCUCGUGACUACUGGAUUACGGGUACAACGACUUUGGGAUCGGACUCGUCGCACAGGGACUCGGCAAGACGGAGGACCAGCAGAAGUACUUUGCAAAAUCGGGUGAGGGUUUUUGGUCUCGCUCUCAGCCGCGCUGACCGUGCAUGCUCAACACGGCGCGAUCCUGCUGGUGGUCAUCAUGCACAGCGCGGAUGUCAUGGCGACGCUACUGGAUCUCAAGCGUGAGGCCGAAGAGCGCACAGGGGGGCGUCCUGCGCAUGGCGUUCACUGGGCGUUCGAGGCGCACCUGCUCGCCACGGAGAUCGCGCAGGCCGGGGUCAGUGUCGUCAUUGCCCCAGGGAAGCCGUUCCCCGCGACGUUCGAGAUGCGCAGGAGCAUCCCCGGCUCGCCACUCACGCAGGACUUGUCGUUCACCAUCCUGCUCAAACACGGCUUUAACGUCGGCAUCGGCAUCGAACAGGUUUACCUCGCGCACAGCGCCCGAUUCGACAUGUCCAUGACGCAGGUAAAGUCCGCCGGGGUGAUCGAUCGCGCGACAACGCAUGCGAUGGCGUCGACCAACAUUGACCGCGUGCUCAGGUUGGACUCGCGCACGGAGGAGCUCGUUGCGUACCGCGGUGGCGGGGUGUUCGACAUGGCGAGCAAGGUCGUCGCUGUCGUUUCCGAGCGGCGGGGGACGGUGGAGCAGUUCUAG